AUGAACGGCAUCGACAUCCUUUGCGAUGCCGCCGGCUCCGACAUGCUUAACCCACUCUACUCCCCGCCCGAUCUCCCGAAAGAGCCGGCCCAACCUCCACCCCAACAUCUCGGGAAGCGCAAACUGAGCACGUCCGACGCCUCACCCUCCGCGACACACGUCUGCCACAUAUGCAGGAGGGUCUACGAGCGAGCCGACCAUUUGACCCGCCACCUGCGUUCCCACGAGAACGCCCGCCCUUACCAGUGCUCUCGAUGUCCGAAACGAUUCAACCGCGCCGACCUUCUCACUCGCCACGAGACAACUCACGACCGGGAUAACACGGGCAAAGGCAGGACCUUCAUCCGGAGAAGCGAUCGGGCCGCCGAGGCAUGCCUAAACUGCGCCGCCUCCAAGUCGAAAUGCGAGGACGUUAAGCCGUGCUCUCGCUGCCGCUCCAAGAACCUGCCCUGCCAAGUCCCCUCGAAACGUACACAUCCCAAUCGAUCCUCCAUAGACGGCAUCUCGACACCGUCCGAAACAUCUACGAUGCAUCAUGCCCUCGACAUGAAUGGCAGCAUGAAUCCCGCCUCGGCCUACGACGACCCCAAGAUGGCACUCAUGCCUCCGCAUCACGACAUGACCCACGAAAUGGACGCAGCUUCGUUCAUGGCGGAUGGUUUUGUAAACCCCGCCAUCGACCUGGUCAUGGACGACAUCGCUUACCUCAAUCCCAUGCACAACUACUUACAGGACAUGGACUUUUCCUCCUGGGACCUAAACUUCGACGCCAUAGCCAUUCCGCAACCCGAGACGAUCCAAACCCCCGAGUCUGCCACAACCAACCGGUCAAAGCCGAAUACGCGGAACGCUUCCAAGGCACAUGCCGCCUUCAAACGAUCGCCCUGGCUGUGGGAGCCAGGCCCGAAUGAUUACGCCCUUCACCACGUAUCCCCUCACGACAAGGAACGCCUGGCCCUGGACGAUGGCACCCUUGCCAACUCUCCCGCUUUUAACAAGCUUACCAGCACUCCGGGUACAAAGCUCAAGAUGACGUCCUCAUCUAGAGACAGCCUGCUGGUCAUGGUAGUGGCCAGCACAGUCCAAAAGGGCGCCCGUCAACGCACGCCGUCCUUCCCGUCUUUGGACCUCCUCAACUACCUGGUUCAGGCCCAUUUUAUUCAUGACGAGCACCAGGGCGACAGCUGGAUUCAUCUGGCUACCUUUGAUGCCACGACGGCGAUACCUGAACUGCUUGCUGGCAUCAUAUCCAGUGGUGCGACAUACAUAUCCAUCCCGGCGGUUUGGCAAUUCGGCUUCUCCCUCCAUGAAGUUCUGAGACUCGGGCUGGCAGACUUGUUCGAAGGUUCGAAUACUUUUACGAGAGACCUCGAGGCUCUUCAGGCCUCCAUGCUCACGUUGGACACCGGUAUCUGGAGCGGGUUCAAGAGAAAGAUGGAGAUAGCAGAAAGCUUCCUGCAACCUCCAAUGACCAUGCUCAGACGCGCAGGUAGCUUCUCGACGCCACCCGACUCACCCGCAAUAAUCCCAACACUCGAGGACCCUCCCGACAUACUGGACUCCAAGUGGCGCAAGUUUGUGAAACGCGAAUCCUACAAACGGCUCGUCUUGCACAUGUUCUUUCACGAUAUACAAACGUCCAUCGGGCUUUGCAAGAAUCCCUUAAUGUCAUACACCGAGCUCAACUUCAGCCUUCCUGCCUCCCGAGACCUGUGGCGAGCCCGAUCUGCGGAGCAAUGGAGAAGCCUGUACUUGGCCAAAACCAGUGCUGCGCCCGACCGCGUCAUCCCUCGCGUAUCGGAAGUCAUGCAUUGCACCGAGAUACUUGACGAGUUCGAGCAGCUGGUCGACACUGAACUCUGCUACAUGGCCCUGCUACAUGGAUACUGGGGCCAGAUAUCGGCGUAUCGUGAGGCAAUCAAGUUCUACGCGGAUGGAAUCUCGAGCAAGAGAAACGCAACCCACCGCCUCUGGCUUAAAACACAGUACCAGGAGCUGUACCGUGAUCUCGGCGACUUUUCGACCAUGAUCCUCACGUCCAAGCGACCGACAGCCCAGCUUGCAGUCAUGUCGGAGGUGCUCAUGAUGCUCCUUCACGUCUCCCCUGAUAUCCUGCAGACAUUUGCGGGCAAGGCGGGCGAAGACGAAGCUCGUCGAGUUUUCAGCAAGCUCGAAGAAAGCUGGGUGAAGACACCCGAGGCACGCCACGCCAUAUGGCACGCUGGCCAGAUCUUUCAUCACGCGCGACAACUUCCGCCCGCCUCCUUGCGCGAGUUCAACGCCAUCGCAGUGUACUUUGCUUGUCUCACACUCUGGGCUUACGGCUUGCUCUCGUGUCCAUCAUCUGGGCAGGCAGAGGGCCAGGAGGCGGGCAACGGCAUCGGUGAAAAGUCCAAUUCAGCAUAUAUUCUCAUGGACUUUGAAGAAAGCCGCGAGACGAGGGCGUUCUUGCAGUUUGACCGAGGCGUGCCUGGCCUGACACUCAACGGGAAUCCGACUGAUGGCGUCGAGUUGCUGUCGAACCCGAUCAUGGUGCUGUCCAUUGGAAGGGACAUCUUCCGAAACAACUUCCCUAUUGUCUCGGAGCCGCUGCCACCCCUAGUUGAGAGCCUCAAGAGGCUCCUGCAAGACUUGAGCUCUGGAGCAACAGGGAGGCCGUCUAGGGCGGCGAGCGAAGACUACCCCCAUGUCUGA